AUGCCCACGCUUCAAUUCCCUAUAGGCUUUGUCUGGGGCGCCGCCACCGCCGCGUACCAGGUCGAAGGCGCCGCCGACGAAGGCGGCCGCGGCCUCAGCAUCUGGGAUGCCUUCUCCAAGACGCCCGGCAAAACUCUCAACGGCGACACCGGCGACAAGGCGGUGGACCACUACCACCUCUACAAGGAAGACGUCCAGCUCAUGGCCAACAUGGGCCUGAAGCACUACCGCUUCUCUAUCUCGUGGCCGCGUAUCCUCCCGACGGGCCGCACGGACCAUAUCAACGAGGAAGGCAUUGCGUUCUACAACAACCUCAUUGACGAGCUCUUGGCGCAUGGCAUCACUCCGAUCGUGACAUUGUACCACUGGGACCUCCCGCUGGCGCUGCAGACCGAGUUUGACGGUCUCCUCGGCGGUCAGCCGGUGAUUGAUGCGUUCACAGCGUACGCGCGUCUCUGCUUUGAGCGGUUUGGCGACCGCGUCAAGCAGUGGAUCACGAUCAACGAACCGUGGGUCAUCUCUCUCUUGGGCUUUGGCAUUGGUGUGCUAGCACCUGGUCGCAAGCACAACGGCAAGACUGAGCCGUACAUUGCUGGGCACAACCUGCUUCUCUGGCACGCACACGCCGUCAACGUCUACCGCACCGAGUUCCAAGAGACGCAAAAUGGUCAGAUUGGUAUGACCUUCAACUGCGACUGGCGCGCACCCAAGCCGACGGAGAAUCCCGUCGAGCAGGCACAGAACGCCGACGCUGCCGAGCGCGCCGUGCUCUUUGACCUUGGCUGGUUUGCGGACCCGAUCUACUUUGGCGACUACCCCGAGGUCAUGAAGACGCGCCUUGGCGACCGCCUGCCGCGCUUCACGCCCGAAGAGUCGGCGCUCCUCAAGGGCAGCAAUGACUUUUUUGGUUUGAACCACUACAGCACAGCGUACGUCGAGCCCUCGGACGCGUUCCUUGCCAACGAGGUCUGCGGCUCCGACGGCAUCAUUUUUGAUGACGCCGGCGUCAAGAUGUCGGCGGACGAUGCGUGGCCGCGCACCGAUGUGGGCUGGAACGUGGUUCCCUGGGGCUUUCGCAAGCUCUUGGUAUGGAUCCAAGCCCGGUAUGCGCCGGCUGGCGGCAUCAUCGUCACCGAGAACGGGUGCGCCGUCGCCGACGACGAUCAAGCCGCCGCGGCCAACGACGUCUUCCGCGUCAACUACUACCGCGGCUACAUUGCCGAGAUGCACAAGGCCAUCACCGAGUGCAACGUCGACGUCCGUGGGUACUAUGCGUGGUCGUUCAUCGACAACUACGAGUGGGCGUGCGGCUACAGCAAGCGGUUCGGUCUCCACUGGGUCAACUAUGAGACAAUGAAGCGCAUGCCCAAGGCGUCGGCUCACGUGUACGGUGCCAUCCUCCGCGCCAACGCACUUGUCGUCGAGGAUAAAGACGAGAAGGCUUUCGACGCGACACCCCCUGCUGCGGCGCAUUAG